CACCGUGGCAAAAAUAAUAUUGGCGAAUUGUCCUGCAAUUGUGCGUGAAUUAUCCUUAUUUUAGCCCUGCAAUGACUAUUCUCUGAAGACCCAGACUUGCCGUAUUGACUGAUUGGAUAGUUGGUGUGUGUUUGAUAAGUGUUUAAGUGGUGAAAAUGGGAGCCAAUGUGAGCCGACAGGAAGACUUCGCCAGCAAUGAUUUUCUCAGCAAGUUCGUGGGAAAGGAUCACGUUCCGGUGGAGGAUUCUAUGUUCUGGGAGAGCUUCCUCAAGUUCCACAUUGCAUUCCCCACGAACAGUCAGGAGCAGCUGAGCUUGGAUUCUCGCCUGGAGACGACUUGCCAGAGUUUCAUCAGCCACAAUCUCCACUCCGGCAAUCUGGGAUCCCUGAUCUCGGUGUUCCUGAGCAAGGUGACGGAAUUGCUGGCUCUGUCUGACCAGGAAAGCACUCUGCAUGUGUGGCAGAGCUUCAACGCUCUGUUUAUCAUUCGCUCCCUGGUGAAGUACAUCGUGGAGACGGGAUCUGAGUAUCAGCUCCUGCAGCACUUCGAGGCUGUGCCGGCGGCCAAGAAGGAGUCCGUGGAGAAGCAGGACGAGAGUGUGGCUGUCGAGGACAGCUCAGAAGCGACCAGUGUGACUGUGGAUGGCUCAAAGUUCGAGUCCUUCCUCGAGGCAAUUGUUAAUAUUAUCGUUGUUAUCCCGGUGAAGGACUUUACGUACCAUUUGCACCUGGAGGCGGUGAACAAUCUCAUCACUCUCCUCUCCGUGCAUCUCUAUUCCUCCCAAUCCACGGAGAAGUCUUCAAUUUACAGGGCAAUUUACAAGUGUCAGCAUGGGAAUACACUCAUGAGCGCUCUUCUGCACUUCGUGAGCCGCAAGAGUCAGAUGCCUCAGGGGAUGUUCGGCUUCAACUCCGGCGGAUCCUUCGUGUUCGGCAUCGCAGAGUCGCUGUGGUCAAUGCUCACGUUCCGGAAGCCACAGGACGUGCUGGCGAAUCCCGACCUGCCCAACACGUUCAGAGAGCACUUCCCGCUCGCCAACCAGAGCCUCCUGCUGAUUCUCAUCCUCACGAAUCACCACACUGGCAAGGAGAAUCUGUACCGCUUCAGUCUGUUCAACUGCGCCAAUGCUUCAGAAAAUGACCAGUCAAAGGAGGUAAUCAGCUUCAAGAUUGACUUCUCCGUGCUGUACAACACUCUUUGCCAAAUAAUCACCAUUGAUCAGGCCACGCUUCUCCUCUACUUGCUGCUGCACCGCAAUCAGCGAUUCUACAAGUUCGUGAUGGCUCAACCGGAUUUGCAAAAUCUCGUGAUUCCCAUCCUUCAGACACUUUAUCAUGCGCCAGAUAGUACGUCUCAUCAUAUUUACAUGUCGCUGAUAAUUCUGCUGAUCCUGAGCGAAGACGACGGCUUCAACAAGAGUGUUCAUCAGAUUAUGCUGAAAACCAUCAGUUGGUACACGGAGCGCUCAAUCUCUGAAAUCUCCCUCGGCGGACUGCUCGUGCUCGUUGUAAUUCGCACCAUUCAGUACAACAUGCUGAAGAUGCGUGACAAAUAUUUGCACACCAACUGCUUGGCCGCACUGGCGAACAUGUCAGGGCAAUUCCGGUAUUUGCAUCCGUACGUGGCGCAGCGAAUGGUGAGUCUGUUCGAGACGCUGGCGCGCAAGCACUCGCGCCUGGACAAUUUGCUGAAGCAGCCGGCGAACGGCGUGAGUCUGGACGUGCAGACGUCCAAGGAGGAGAUGCUGCAGGAUCUGUCGGUGCUGGAGGAGGUGCUGCGAAUGGUGCUGGAGAUCCUCAACUCGUGCCUGUCGCAUCAGCUGCUCUACUGUCCCAAUUUGGUGUACACGCUGCUGUACAAGAAGCAGGUGUUUGAGAACUUCCGCUCGCAUCACGCCUUCCAGGACAUCAUCCAGAACAUCGACAUGGUGGUGGGCUUCUUCUCCUCACGCUUGCAGCGCGUGCAGGAGCAGCGCGGCGAAUUGGGCGUGAAUGAGGUCCUCGAAGUCAUUUCCAAGGGUGCUAGUCAGUGGUCCAGCGACAGACUGAGGAAAUUCCCCGACUUGAAGUUCAAGUAUGUGGAAGAAAAUGAACCACAGGAAUUCUUCAUUCCCUACGUUUGGACGCUGGUCAGUAAAUGUGGCUGUAUACAUUUUAGCUCGGAAUCAAUGAAGGGAAUAAUCACAGAAACAAUUGUGAAUUGUUAACACGAGAAGCUAAAAUAUCUCAACUUCUUUUCUGUUCAUACAAUUUUCUCUCACAUUUAAAAGAAAAAAGGAAAAGAACGGAUGAAAUGUGAACGAAUUAUAAACUAAAGAAUUUGCAAAAUUCGAGCCAAGAUUGUGUAAUUAUUGCUAGAGGAAGAAGAAGAAGAAAAAAGGGAAUCGCAUAAAUUGACUCCCUUUUUCUAGCUUAGGCUAAAUCGCUAUUUCCACAAAAACACACACAGAUUUACACAUUAAACACAGAAGAUUAAAACAGGACGGAUGAAAUUGAUGAAGAUAAUAAUAGUAAUUAAAACGAUAUAUUGAG